GCUUCUCGCCAUGUCUUCUCACAAGACUUUCAGAAUCAAGCGAUUCCUGGCUAAGAAACAAAAGCAAAAUCAUCCUAUUCCUCAGUGGAUUCGGAUGAAAACUGGCAACAAAAUCAGGUACAACUCCAAGAGAAGACACUGGAGGAGAACGAAGCUGGGUCUGUAA